AAAACUUCAUUUUAUUGUUGGAAAUGUGGAAAUGUGGAAAUGUGGAAAUGUGGUUUCUAGCAGUCCAGAUCUGUCACCUAUUGAAACUUUGUGGCACGAGAUGAAAAAGGUUCUACGACAAUAUCCUGCUCAUACAAUCACCGAACUGAGACAAAAGCGUCCAGAAAUAUGGGAUUGUUUUACACCAAAUUUUUGCUAAAACUGGGUGAUGUUACCCAAUGGUAAUCUUUCAAUUGUUGCUUUGUUGACUUC